CAGAGAGCAGCUGCCUGGUUUCAGACGUGGUCCGUCCGGUUGGAAUCAUGAACCGCUCCAGCCUCCUGAACCUCAACAGCCUGGGGAAACUGUGCGGCUCCGGCAACAGCAGCGACAUGGUGGUCCUGGACCGGGUCAAGAGGAAGAACUCGGUCAGGCGCAUGUCCAUCAUCGAGGACGGGCAGCUGGCCGAGGUCCUCUACCUCAUCCCCAAGCAGUGCAUGAUGGAGCAGCUGCCCUUCAUCAACCCGGACGACUACAUCGUCUGUGAGAAGCUGGCUGGGAUUCCUGCAGAGGUCUCAGUGCUGCACGCCCUGGACGGCUGCCAGCCGGGUCCUCCGGCAGGAAAACAGCAGAUCCAGUGCUUCAGAUGUGGAGCGCUGUGCAAAGGAGAGGCGCUGCGAGUGCAGAGCAGCUACUUCCACCUGAAGUGUUUCACAUGCAAGGUGUGCGGCUGUGAUCUGGCUCUGAGCGGUUUCUUCAUGAGGAGCGGCGACUGCCUCUGCCCGGUGGACUUCCAGCGCCUCCACGGCACGCCGUGCACCAGCUGCGGCGAAUUCGUGGAGGGGGAGGUGGUCACUGUCCUGGGGAAGUCCUACCACCCGGCCUGCUUCGUGUGCACCAUGUGCAAGCAGCCUUUCCCUGCAGGCGACUUCGUCACCUUCAGGGGAAGAGAAUGUCUCUGUCAGCGUUGCAAUGAACCCACGUCUCCUUCUAAUCACAUCCGACAUCCCAACAAUUGUUCUGGUUGCGGCAGAGACAUUAAGAACGGCCAGGCUCUGUUGGCGCUGGGAGCUCAGUGGCACCUCGGCUGCUUCAAAUGUACAUCCUGCAGGAGGGUCCUGAGUGGGGAGUACAUCAAUAAGGAUGGCUUUCCGUACUGCGAGAGGGACUACCAGACUCAGUUUGGGGUCAAAUGUGAAGCGUGUCUGAGGUUCAUAACAGGAAAAGUCCUGGAGGCUGGAGAACGACACUAUCACCCCGGAUGUGCAAACUGCAGCCGCUGUGGCAAAAUGUUCACAGAAGGAGAGGAAAUGUUCGUACAGGGUUCAACAAUCUGGCAUCCAAACUGCAAAGAUGGCAGCAGAGCGGAGGAGAGCUGCAAGGUCUGCAGACCAAAGACUCCAUGUCUUGAUUUCUUUUUCCCCCCACGUGAACUGAAGCCCAACAGAUCGUCAUCUGAAAGCUCCUGCUCCCGACCCGGUUCCUGCACGCCCAGCAGCCCCGGCAGAACCAUCUGUGCAAAAGUAGAUAAUGAGAUUAUUGAUUACCGAGACUUAGCAGCAAUUCCCAGAGUCAAGGCUAUAUAUGAUAUAGAGCAUCCAGACAUGAUUUCCUAUAAGUCUGUGAACUCCUGCACUCUGGACGACGGAGGAGACGCUGCGACCGGACGAAGCCUGGCGGAGUCACCAGGAAACGUGUCUGAAACGACCGAGAGCUUUGAAACCAGACCGUGUGUGCCAAAAUCUUCAAGUGACGGUCCGUUUGGAGGUCAAACCAUGUGGUGCCGACGCAGCUACAGUCCGGUUCUGUCCGGAUCACCGCAGCAUUUCCACCGACCAGCAGAUGAAGACUUUGAUUUGUACAGGAGGCGUCCAGUUUAUAAACAGCCAGAUCCAGAUUCCUCCUCAACCCAAACUGUGUCUCUGCCCGGAUACAGCCACAACUUCCUGAGUUUGCCUCGUUUUCUGCCCGGUUACCGCCUCACCAGCAGUGACAGAUUCAGAUUCAAGCUCACCGCCGAUGAUCAGCUCCCACUAACCCGAGUGGAUAGAGGAGUGUCUAUGCCUAAUUUACUGGAUCCUAAAGUCUAUCCAUACGAGCUGCUUAAAGUCUCCAAUGGAGGCCGAGUGAAACUCCCCAGGGACGUGGACAGAACGAGACUCGAGCGCCACCUAUCUCCAUAUUCAUUCUUUGAAAUCUUCGGGAUGAAAAUCCAGGAAUUUGACAAACUUCCGCUUUGGAAGCGUAACGACAUGAAGAAGGCGGCGAAUCUCUUCUAAAUGUUUGUUAUUUUUAGACUUUAUUUCCUUUUCUUGGUGUUUGAUGUUGAUAUUUUGCUUCACCUUAUGUUUAGAUUAAACAAUUAUCUAAUAAUAUUUCCAAAUUAAAGCCUCAGUUAGCAUCUGUAAAGCAGCUGCAAGAUAAUUUUCAUACUUUGAUCUCAGAAACUGUUGACAUUGUGUUUAUUAUGACAGGUUUAUUAAUAGUUGACAGUUUUUUAUAGUUUAAUUAAUAACUGAUUUAGUAAGAUUUAAUUCAUCCCGAUAGAAAACAAUGUUUCUAUUUCUGUAAUUUCUAGUUAUGACUGUUUAACUGAUACAUAUUUUAUAAUUUUCCAAAUAACCAUUUCUGUCCAUUCAUGAGUGUUAGCUGUUAGCAUGUUAGCUUAGCAUGUUUAGAUUAAUACUGGAUCGUUUGCAGGGAUAAACCUUUUAGUUUAGGAUUUAAAUAUAAAUUAAAUAAAGAUUAAUCCUUUCAGCCUUUGUAUUAUGUUUGUACUACUGACAGUUUGUUAUGGCCUUUGGAAAAUGUACAUAAAAUCUAUUGUUAAUUAUUUUAAGUUUCUUUAGUUAUUUGGUUUAUUUAAUUUCAGAAUUUAUUGAAGAAAAAUCAAAAAAUUUCAUAUGGUAAGCAGAGAAAUUAUGCAUGGAUGACUAACAGAUAAGCUUUGUUUUGCGUUGCAUUAAAAUAUGAAAACUUAACUCUUUUUACUUGGACAUACAGAUUUCAGAUUGUUGGGAGGAAAUGUGUGAAUAAAUCGUCACUGAAAUGUUUUAAUUAUAAGUUUUAUUGUGUGGAGAUAUUUUUCUUUUCAUGUUUUACCACAUGUGCAUCUUAAUAUUGCUGUUUCAUCACCACUUCAAGCACCAGAAAUAAA